AUGGCGGCCGAGAAAGAAGACACCGCGGUGGGAUCAAAACGCGCGCGCGAGGAAGAUGCUAUUGCUGAGGAGGUGGACGCGAAGAAACCAGCCACGGAGGACGCGAAGGUGGACGGCGCGAAGGAUGAGACGGUAAAGUCGGACGACGAACCCAAGGACUCCGACGCGGACAAGAAGGAGGAGAAGCCGUCGACGUCGUCGCUGUUCGGCGGCGGAGCCAGCGCUGGAUUCGGAGGCUUCGGGGGCUUCGGUGCUUCCAAGCCAGGCGAGGGGGGCGGCGGCUUCGGCGGUUUCGGCGGCGGAGGCGGCGGCUUCGGCGGCUUCGCUAAAAGUGCCUCGACCGAGGGUGGAUUCCCGUCGCUGUCGAAGGUGUUCGGCGACAGCGACAAGCCGGUCCAGCUGUUCGGCGCGAAGCCGGCGGCGGCGACGACGGACGAAAACGGCGACGACGUCACCCCCGAGAGCGCCCCCGCGGAGACGAAGCCGGUUAUUUCCCUGAAAGAGGAGGAGGUCACGACCGGGGAGGAGGACGAGGACUGCAUCUUCACGACCGAGGGCGCGCUGUACGAGUUCACAACCGAGGAGGGCAAGGCGCCGUCGUGGAAGGAGCGAGGACGGGGGGAGUUGCGGGUGAAUUUGACCAAGACCGGCGGCGCUCGGAUGAUCAUGCGCGCGAAGGGUAACUACAGGCUGAUCUUAAACGCGGCGAUGUGGAAGGGGCAGACGUUUACGAAACAGGAAGGAGGGAAAGGUUUAUCGUUCCCGUGCAAAAACGCCGUCGCCGGCGAGGACGCGAAGAUGAGCACGUUCGCUUUGAAGAUGCGCGUCAGCGCGACGCACGUCGUGCAACAGGUCGAGGAGUUCGAGAAGGCGACGAAGAAGGCGCUGAACAGCAUCAAGAGCGAAGCGGACGACAAGACACCCGAGGACGAGUGA